AUGGCUAGAUGCUCGAGAUCGCUGGAGGGAGCCUCUGGUGCAGGAGCUUGUGUUCCACCCCUUCACCCCUUGGAGCGCAAGAACAAUUCCCGUGCCGGUGGGCUUCGAGGCUUUGGCGCGGCAGCUGCAGCAGGUCGGUUCUUCCAAAAGAGGCCAGCACGAUUAACGAGAGUCUUGAGCCACUGGCAGCAGCAGACGGCCGCCGAGCAGGUGCGACGCCAGUCCAAGAAGGAGGAGCUGAACCACCUUGGGAGAGGUCGUGGAUACAUAGGGACUGCAGCGGCGCUGCGAUGUUGGCUUUGCGAUGCCUUGGAGCCCGCUCAAGCGGUCACUGUCCAGCUGCGGGCCCCCGCUCUCUGCAGCCGUGGCAGCCUCCCUGGUGCUCUUCGCCUGGCAAGCAGUGGGCGCCAGGUCUUGCUUCUGGAUGCUCAUGUGCUGCCACUUGGGGUCCAGAUGGUUUCCAUUCCCGCUGGUGGCAGCCACUGCA